AUGGGUGGUGAGACCGAAUUCGCAGACUCGCGCACAGCAUAUGAAGCCCUGAGCCCGGAAUGGAAGGAGCGCGUGGAGAACAUGUUGAUCAACUGCUCGUUGGUCCACAAUCGACGGACAGGAGCCCCCGAUUUGUACAAGGACGUUGACCCGAUGAAAUGGUCAAUCUCUCGCUGGAAGGCCGUAUAUCCGCAUGAGGGGAGUGGACGCAAGAACCUUGACAAGACGAGCUACGGCUACAAGAUCGAUGGCAUGUCGGUCGAAGAGAGUCAAAAGAUUACUGGCGAGCUGAUUGCUCAUAAAACACAGGCACAAUUCGUCUACAAACUUUCUUGGAACAACCCGGGCGACACGAUCAUGACAGCGAGAAACCUGGGUUAUGAAGCACUCUUCAUCACGGUCGAUGCUUCUGUCAUCGGCAAACGAGAAGAGGACGAGCGGUACAAGGCCGAGCUCGACUAUGCUGCGAGAGGUGCAGAAGAAAUAGAGCGAAUCGCCCAAACCACCGCGAACGAAGCGCCACUGGUACUGCGAGGGACACACUCCUACACGCUUUCUUGGGACGACCUAAGGUACAUUCGAGAUGCAUGGGGAGCCUCAUCAGGACCCGUCGUUAUCAAAGGCAUUCAAACCGGGGAGGACACGAAGAUAGCAGCUGACAUGUGA